CGCUCCGCGCCCGGCGGGUCGGGGGCCGGCGGGACGGCGCCGGGAGGUGGGCGUGCGGCCGGGGUCGCGGCGGGCUGUGGUCACAGGUGGGCGGCUGUGGCGAGGGCGCGGCGGCGGCCGAGCGGAGCCGGGUUCCCUGAGACUCCGCCGUCACGCCCGGAGCCCCGCGGAGCGGAGAUCUGAGACGCGUCCGCGCCCCUGAAGAAGCCAACGCUUCUCCGCUCCGCCUCCACCUCUUCGGCUGCGGCCGCACCUCCGGCCGGAGGGCAGGUGCAAAUCAUGACACAGAAAGGCAGCAUGAAGCCAGUGAAGAAUAAGAAGACCGAAGAACCUGAGUUGGAGCCGCUGUGCUGCUGCGAGUACAUAGAUCGGAAUGGGGAAAAGAACCACCUGGGUGCUUGUUUGUGUGAUUGCGAAGAUCUGGACGAAGGGUGUGAUCGAUGGAUUACAUGUAAAUCUGUGCGGCCAGAGACUUGUGAAAGAAUUAUGGAUACAAUUUCUGAUCGCCUCCGAAUUCCUUGGCUUAGGGGAGCCAAAAAAGUUAACAUCAGCAUCAUUCCUCCUCUCGUCCUCCUGCCUGUCUUCCUUCACGUGGCUUCCUGGCAUUUCCUCCUGGGGGUGGUGGUUUUGACCUCCCUCCCUGUGCUGGCCCUGUGGUACUACUACCUCACUCACAGAAGGAAAGAACAGACUCUGUUUUUCCUGAGCCUUGGCCUGUUCUCCCUGGGCUACAUGUACUAUGUGUUCCUGCAGGAAGUGGUCCCCAGAGGGCGUGUGGGGCCCACUCGGCUGGCUGUUCUCACCUGCGGGUUAUUUCUGAUACUCUUAGCCUUGUACAGAGCCAAGAAGAAUCCAGGCUACCUCAGCAAUCCAGCAGGCAGUGACAGAUCUCUAGGUGGCAGCCACGUGGAAUGCCUGAACAGAAAGGGGCAGGAGAAGACCAAAGGGUUCCCUGGAGCAGACACAUCGGGAAGCCUCAACAAUCGCGCGCUGAAGGAUGACCUUAAGGGCUCCUCCAGGGUGUCAGCUGGGAGUCCCACCAAGGUGAAGGAGGACUGGUGUGCCAAGUGCCAGCUGGUGCGACCAGCCCGGGCAUGGCAUUGCCGGAUCUGUGGCAUCUGUGUGAGGAGAAUGGAUCAUCAUUGUGUCUGGAUAAAUAGCUGCGUUGGAGAAUCCAAUCAUCAAGCAUUUAUACUUGCCCUUUUGAUCUUCUUGCUCACCUCGGUGUAUGGGAUCACACUGACCUUGGACACCGUUUGUAGAGACAGAAGUGUCUUCACGGCUCUCUUCUAUUGUCCUGGAGUUUAUGCAAAUUACAGCUCGGCUCUGUCCUUCACCUGCGUGUGGUACUCAGUAAUCAUCACAGCAGGUAUGGCCUACAUCUUCCUGAUCCAGCUGAUAAACAUCAGCUACAACGUGACCGAGAGGGAAGUGCAGCAGGCCCUUCGCCAGAAGACCGGGCGCCGGCUCCUCUGCGGGCUCAUCGUGGACACAGGCCAGUACAAUCGGGGUUUCCUGCGGAACUGGCACCAGUUCUCCACCCUGGGCACACGUGCAUUCCACCACCCUGCCGAGGACAUUGUCUGAAGUGCCUUGUGUGGGGCCUGCUGAGGGGUGACAGCUCCUCCCUCCGUCGCCCUUCCAUCUUACACUUCAGUGUCUACGCAGGAUGUUCAUUUGAUCCCCAGUUUCUUAAAGGGAUUAUAGGGCCAUGCUCAGGUUUAGAGACUGGACUGAGAAAAAGUUAAUUUUUCUGACUUCACAAUUUAAGAGAUUUUUAUAUUGAAGCAGUAAAAGUGAGCCAUUCCUUGCUAGUCACCUUAUUAAUUGACUCAGUCACCAGAAGUUAAAAAGGAUGUGGAUUGCUAAUGCACAAAUUGAUAGAAGCAAUUCUUGUCCAUUAGUUUGGGGGAAAGAGUUUUGGAUUAGGAUAGUUUCUAGUCCCUCUUUCAAUUCUUAAUAGCCAUGUGACCCUUAGUUGAGUCACUUUCCCAAGUCUCAGGGUCAUCUGUAAAGUGGGGUACUGAUGCCUGCCCUGGCUACCUCACGGAGCUGUCAUGAGGGUCAUGUGAGGGAUGAGGGAUGUGGAAAGCACUAAAACAUAACUAAAGCACCACGAGGUAUGAAGCAUUAUUAGGAAAAUCCUAAGACUGAAGAAAAAUGUAGGUCAGAAUACUGAAGCCAAUAUUAUUAGGGUAAUCAGUUUUUAGCAUAUACUGUAUUGUACAAUUAUGAGAAUUUCAAUUUCUCUUUAAGUAUUAGAUAUUAACUACUCACACAGAGGAGAAGAUGACCAGAUGAAUUCAUGCUAGUCAUCUGAUCUUGAAAGGACAGUUGAUAACAAUUAUAAAGAUAAUUAUUGCUAGUGUAACGUGCAGUGGUCAUGAGUUUAGGUGAUGAGUUCUUAUGUUUAUUUUUUUAUGUGUCUGUUUGGAUUUCCUAUAAGUAACUCCACUAGGAAUUAAUGUUUUUUCCUCCCUUUCCAUGUUUUAUGGGGUAAGGUGCUAGCACACUUGAGACGGUGGCUACAAGAGGAGAACAGACACUCCUAUGGGAAUACUUUACUCUCUUUCCUGGGUAGGGAGGUUGACUGGUAUCAAGGGCUUGCAUUUUUUGUUCUGAUAUUUCAAAUGCUGUCACUUACAGCACUCGAUCGCAAAAAUCAGUCUUCUGGCAUUCGCUUUAUUCUGGCAUGAACUUUCUGUGAGGAGGUGACUGACAUCUUCCCACUUAACUUGCACAUUACUUCUCAUUCACCCUUCCCUAAACAAAAGUAUCUCACUAGGAGAGAAAAAACAGGGUAUAUGUAAUUUCCACUAAUUAAUGGAUUACUAUUCUUUCUUUCCUAGUUCUUCCCGAAAUACCCAGUUGUUCUUUUACUCAGAUCUCAAAACUGAAGAUGGAUAAAAGAUUAAAUAUUUAUAUAGAAUGGGUCAUUCUGCCAUAGAAUUAAGUUGAGAGAAUUUCAGAUGGGGAAAUACCUCCUGAAAUGUUUGGUCUUAUACAUGUACUGUUUUGCAAUCCCAAAGGUAAUUCAUGAGUCCUUAUUCUUAAAUUUGCCUUGGCCUAUAGCUUGAUAUAGGGAAAAUAAUGCCAGCUUUUUCAGUCACUCUGUGCAUUUUGCUUUAGCAAGAGAUUUAUAGAUGUUAAGAGGAAAUAUUGCUGCUUCCUGCAAUUCUACCCUCUGCAGCUAGCACCAUCCCUAGUCUUGCCAUUAAUUGGUGCUGUCCCUAAGAUGGUCACUGCGUUUUUAUUCAGGCUUGUCGGUGCUCUCUCCAGAGAUGGAUUGUUUAAUGAAUGAUAGGCCCUAUAUUCCAUUGGGAUGAACCAAAGAGCAAGCCUGGGGAUGUUAGCAGACGCUGUGGUUUCUACAGUGGUGGCCUCUCUCUGACCCAGAAUGGAAUAUUCAUUUAGAAUGAAAGUUGGAUCUGAAAUAACUGAUUUCCUUCUAUAUAGGUUUUAGAUAAGAGAGACAGUAAUAAUGUCAAGGACAGCACAUGUGGGCAGAAAUCAGUAGUUGUGUCUCUUGAAUGCUGGCUGCACAGCCAACUCAGAUUGUCUAGCAAUUCAUAUAAUAAAAAUUCAUAGAAACAUUAGUAUAGUCAGUAUUUUAGCUUCUUGCCAAAUCUUUAACAACAAUCAAAAUGUGAUGUGAUGAAGAUGAAUAGUUCAAAAAGACCAGAGUCAUUUGGAAGCAUUAGGAAUGAUCACCAUCUUUAUAACAACUCACUCCUAAUAGGGUUGAGGUAACUCAGUUUUCCUCAUUUGGGUAGGGACUCCCUGUAUAUUAUUCUGGCUUAUUGGAAUUAAGAUGCUUGUUUUAAGUUCCUUGAGACUUAUGAUUGGCAGUUUACAGAAGAAAAGUUCAAACCUGUGAAAAGAUCGGUGGUUUUGUGUGGUAAAAGCCAUCUGAAGUAUUUGUACCAAAAGGAGCAGCAAAUGAGGGGCCAGCCAAGAGCAGUGUUUCUAUAGGCCCUGGGACAUCCUUGGUCUACACUCUUAGACUGUUGAGCCUCUUUAUGACCCGGAACUAUUUGAGUGAUUUUAUUAUAGGUCUUGGUUGUCUCCAGAGGGCAGAAGAAUUUAAUGUGAAAUCUUUGAAAGGAUAAGGCCUUUGCAAAUGACUUAGUUCCAGAAAAACAUUUGGUGGGGUGCAGUGGACAACUGCCCCGCAACCUGUAAACCAGCAGUCUUGGCCAGAGGAGCAAGUCCCCCGAAUGUGAUUCCAACAAGCAGGUCCCCUUCUGUCACCCCACAUCCUCCUGCUCUGUUAAUAAACAUACUGGAUGUGGAGCUUAAUAAAUUACCUACUAUAUUCUCACCACUUACAUUAUUAUCACACCACCGUGUACUAUUCCUGGGGGAGACAAAUGGGCUCAUUUGAAAGAUUCACGGGAGAAAUAGUUAAGGAUCAGAAUUACAUGAAAGGAGACAAUCUUUCAAUAUUUAAAAAUGUUUCUUACGAUACUCACAGAGUACUUUUGUGGCUCUAGCUGAAAAUGAACUGACCAUUAACAACGCCUUUUUGGUAGGUUACUCUGAUGCUGCUCAAGUAAAGCCUUAAGUGUGUUUUGGGGACAGUGUGCUGUUUGUUUCACUUCAGCCACAUGUGCUUGUGUUUAGGAUACUGUAAAUCUUUGCUAUCCAAGUAGCAUUUUCCUUGGUGAAUGGAGUAAUUGUUGUCUUCCACUGUACCAUCUGCCUAAGCAGAAAGAUUGCUUACAAACUUCUCUUAUGCAAUAGUCCUUGGUACUUCUAAUAUUUUUAGCAAGAGAAAAUUUUCUAUACCAGACACUUCCACUGCCAGAAAACACAAUGCCAGUAAGAUUCUACAUAAUAUUGACCAUCUGCUUAACAGACUAUAUUUCCUUUAAAUAGGACCUUAACUUUUUAUUAUAAAGCUCAACUAAUAUAAGCAAAAAAAUGACAUCUAGGAGCACACUCUUAACCAGGAUGUUUAAAAAUUAAUGUUUUGUGAGGUGUAAGGGUCUCUUUCAACUAGGGAAGUAGGUUUAUAUGACUUAACUUCAUUUUAGCCAUGUUUUGGAACCCUACAUUUUGAAAAGGAGUAUUUUUUUAAACAAGCAACAGAUGAUGAGAGACACUUGGUUGAGGCACCAAACAGGAAUCUGGUUUUCCCAGCAGCACCUUGACAUGUGUGCCAUUUUAUCUUAAACACUGCAAAGAUCACACAGGGAGAAUGAAAGCCAUGCUAAACUUACUACCGAAUACAAUUCAUAUGUUCUCAUAGAUGUUUGCUGUGAGUAAUAUAAACUCUUUGCAGAAUCAGCUAAGUGUCAUCCUGUUGCUAAUGGACUAGUACCCACACUUCAGCUGGCACUGAGUGUUUCACUGCGUUAGCGAGCAGCAGGCCAAAGACUGAAUGAAUGCUUAGUGGAGACAAAUUUCUUAGGGGCUGUGGCCAUCACCGAGUUGGGCUUGUGACUUACUGGAACUGUAGCCCUCCCGAUGGCACCUUUCACCUCUAGAAAUUCAUACUUAAAAGACAAAGCUUUAAAACCAGAGCUAGUCUGUUCUAGUUAUUGAUGCAGCUAAAAUUCUGUAUUUCUUCAGAUGGAGCCACUGACAAAAUACCAUGUUACAGAGCUUGCGAGCUCAACCUGUUGCGAUCCUUUGGUCUGGGUGAUUUGAUGGUUCGAGUUGUUAGAGCUCUUGAGCCUUUUCAUUUGAUUACAUUUCUGGGUCUGAUGUUAGACUAAAGGAAACCCAGGAAUAUUUAUUUAAUGUUUAAUGUAACUGGCCCAGCCAGCAGCAUUAAAGUGGACUUCCAAAGCCAACCCUGGAGGCUGUGGGCUGAGCAUUUUGCACUGUUUUUAUACUUGUAUUCCUAUCCUCUUACCACCUCAGACUCAAGACACAAGGCCUUUUAAAUGGAGAUUUUACAAAUUACUGCCAUUUAUGUAAAAUAAUGUCCUAUGACGAAGUUGUUUAAAUGGAAAAUAAAGUGCUUUCUUUAAGGAAA